GGAGGAGGAGGAGCAGAAGAGAGGAAGGCAGUCGGUGUGUUUAGCCAGAAGGAGGGCUCAGUAGCGGCAGACGAAGAGGGACAAUGGACUGACCUCCACCACCGAACACAAGCGGAUAUCAAGCUCAUGUUCUCCAGACAUGCUGCGACCCUCAUCUCCAUUAACCUGCUGUUCAUCUGGUGGCAUUUGAAUGAUCAAACAUGAUGAAGACAGAACCCUCGUCGACCACGGGGGACAACGGGUCCUCCAGCGGGAGCAGUGGGGGAAGCGGGAGCUCGAAUCUGCGGAGUGCCUCGCCACAUCGCAACGCGUACGAGGCAGGGCUGGCGGCGCUGAAGAAAGCCACUGAUCACCUCAACGGAGGCUAUGACCCCGCCUCCAAGCCAGCACCCCUUCCACGGCCGACCGGGAGGGGCCGCAAAUACGGCUCAAACGUUCACCGCAUCAAAAACAUGUUUAUGCAGAUGCAGUCUCCAGGUGAUGAUGAAGAAGGAGACAAAAUGCUUGAAAAAGAUCAGGCGGUAAAACUCUCCCUGCCAAGGGCGUCCAGCCUCAACGAGAAUGUUGACCACAGCGCCUUGCUCAAACUCGGAGGCACCGUUUCAGAGAGGGUGAACCGCUUUGACACCAAGGCAGAUGGAGAAGGCGGGAGCUCCUCAACAGGACUGUCCAAACUCCAGGAGACCAGGCGGAUUUUUGAACAACGAACGCUACAGGAGAAGCAAGCUGCCACCAACAGGAUUUUGCUGAAGAAGGAGCGAGCGUCUGGAUUCCAGGACAGUCGCCUGGAUGUAGUUGCACGUUUUAAUGGUUCGACAGAGGCUUUGGACCGAUUGGAUGAUCCCCCAAUUCCUGCACCUGCUCCCGUUCCCGCCGCUGCAGCUGCUUUUGGGCCUGGUGAGGCCGUCAGCCCCACCGUGAGCCAGCUCAGUGCCGUGUUUGAGAGGCCUGACCUGCAAAACAAUCUCUACCUCCCCAACCGUCGGUCAAGACCUGCCCCAGCACCAAAGCCAAAGCUUCCAGCCAAAGCAGGGGCCUCUAGCAGCCAGAUAAAAGCGCCUCCUCCAAGUAAGGAGGUCUCAGAGGAGGUGACAGCAGGAUCUGUGACCAGCCAGGCAACAAAGACUGAAGCUCUAGAUCCGCUUCCACAGAGGAGCGUAGAAGGAGAGGUGGUCAGCGAGGAGAAGGACAGACACGGACAUUCAGGAGAUCUGUUCUCCAGCUCGUUGGCUGCCACUUCAUCUUCGUCGAUUGCCGAAGCUAAACCAGCGUCCGAGUCCCAGUCUGGGUCGACUGAAGACAGGGGCUCAAGUACGGUGGAUGUUUCUGGCCAUGCUUCGCUCGGCGUGGAGCUUGACUGCUCUAGGGGGGACUCUGACCUCGGAGCCAGGUUGGUGCAAGCUGAGGUUCAUGCAACACUUGAAAAUGGAGAAAAAGAUCCACCAGUGUUUGAAGUGACGCCCGCUGACUCUGAGAUAAGGCACGAUGAAGAGAAUGACGAGGAUGGCUCGAGGAAGGAGGAUUACUCCGAGGGGGAUCUGGUGGAUGUCAGCGCGUACAGCGGCCUAGGUGAGGACGACUCUGGGGGCAGCCAGCUGGACGAUGACGAGGAUGAGGAAGACGAUGACGCAUAUAUACCGGAAAGCAGCUGCACAGAAAUUGCUGGGCUUCCCGAGGAGGAGGAGCCAGCACCCGCCAAUAGAAAGAUCCGCUUCAGCACUGAGCCAAUCAAGGUAUUCACCACCUACUGUAAUGAAGACUAUGAUCGGCGCAACGACGACGUGGACCCCAUGGCCGCGUCGGCUGAGUACGAGCUGGAGAAGAGAGUGGAGAAGCUGGAUCUAUUUCCUGUUGAGCUGGAGAAAGACAGUGAUGGUCUAGGAAUCAGUAUCAUUGGCAUGGGGGCAGGGGCAGAUAUGGGUCUGGAGAAACUGGGCAUCUUUGUUAAGACGGUCACCGAUGGCGGAGCUGCACACCGAGAUGGGAGGAUCCAAGUGAACGAUCUAAUCGUUGAAGUUGAUGGGACAAGCCUGGUUGGUGUGACUCAGAGCUUUGCAGCCUCUGUCCUUCGCAACACAUCUGGCACUGUCAGGUUUGUGAUUGGUCGGGAGAAGCCAGGAGAGCAGAGUGAAGUGGCUCAGCUGAUCCAGCAAACUCUGGAACAGGAGAGAUGGCAGCGAGAGAUGAUGGAGCAGCGCUACAAACAGUACAUGGACGAGGAUGAGGAGACGGGCGAGUAUGCAACAGAUGAGGAGGAGGAGAUGAGUCCCAUGUUUCCAAACUCCAUUGAGGUUUUUGACCUGGCAGAGCACCAGGACUCUUUGUCUCCAGUGGAGCUGGACCCUGAGAAGCUGACCCAUAAAUUUAAGGAGCUUCAAAUCAAACACGCAGUCACACAGGCAGAGGUCCAGCUGCUGAAGAGAAAGUUGGCUCAUGCGGAGCAGGAUAAAUUGCGUUGGCGAAUGGAGCGUGCCCAGCUGGAACAAAGCAUCCGAGACAGUAAAGAGAGGAUGGAGAAACUGGAGGGUUACUGGAUGGAGGCCCAGUCCCUGUGUAAGGCAGUGGAUGAACACCUCAAAGAAACCCAGGCUCAGUAUCAAACUUUAGAGAGGAAAUACAGCAAAGCCAAGAGAAUGAUUAAAGAAUAUCAGCAGAAGGAGAUUGAGUACCUGAAGAAGGAGACAGCUCAGCGUCAAGAAGGAGAAGAAAGUGAGGCCUCACACAAAGAAGAGGCGGACAACUUGCAUGAAAAGAUUACUGACCUGGAGACCCAAGUGGAUGCCUUGAAACCCCCCCAACCUUCCUAGACGGCUCGCAGCUGAGCUUCGCAUCCACACUGGCGGGCUGUAGUUCAGUCAACCACUCACGGCACGGGCAGGAAGGAGGUACUGUAGAAAAACUUGACAAUUGCAGCACAGAACACGAAGAAGAAGAAGAAGAAGAGGGUGACAUGCAAAGAAGACAGGAGCAAGAUAUGGAGGGAGUUAACGCACUUUGUGUCACACCUACAAUCUCCCUUGCGUGUCUUCCUGGCAACUGGCUUGGCAAUCAACACAUUCAACGCCCCGAUAUACAGUAUAGAUGAUUUAUUUUGUCCUCCCCGUUGUCUAAUGUGUCCUAUGGGGAGCAUGUCAAAGACAGGCUUGUCACUAAGUGCUUUAUAGGGUGACAGGAGACAUGGACGCUGUUCAAGUGUGGUCGUGCACUUCAGCUAGACUGAAGUAUGCACGGCCAGAGCAAACAUGUGACAAGUGCCCGCUGCGGAACUUGAACUAACACACAUUCUGCUACAUAACAUUAAAAAACAAAAGGCAAAAGAAAUAGCAAAAUGCCCCCAAGCCCACCCGCCCUUCUACAGAACGUACUUUUGAGUCCAUUUCUCCAUAAGAAGGAAUCAGGUAAACAUUUUGCAUUUCCGGUGUGAAAGCGUGCUCACAUGCUGUUUUGUAAAUAGAAGUGUUAACUUAAACAAGGACUUAUGGUGGAUACAAAAAUGUAAAAAAAUAAAUAAAUAAAUCACACACCCCUGAUGAGGUUUUUGGAAGAUACCAAGAAAAAGACCUCAGAAAUUUACCAGCAAAAAACCAUCUAGGUAUAGAAUACAGUACAGGGGUAAAGUACGUCUCAUUUGUAUUUUAAGUAUUAAAAUUGCGCAUCUUGAUGUUUCAAUGUCUGCCCAAAAGUGCUGAAAAGCUCAACCUGGGUCACCUCACAGAUUUUAACACGCAGAUUUGAUUUUCAAGGGGAAAAUUGGUCGGUAGAUCGGAGUGAAUGGCGUAAAAUUGAUUAAUUGAUGCACCCAUGAAAAUGUCUAUUUUUUUUACACAUGGCUCGCUCCCCCUCCUCUUCCAAGCCCCCUUGCUAGCUUGACAGUAACGUUCUCUUCUGAUUUCGGAUCAACAUUUGCAAUAAGAUACUUUUGUGGGACAACCACCAAGCUAGCCGGAGGGUAUUUUUGAGGGAGUGACAAAAAUAGACAUUUUUACACAAGUCUCUUUUUUCACUAUUUGUGAACGUAAGACCCGCAAAUAGCAGGGUUGUGCUGUAUUAUUAUUUUUUACAUUUCUAAUUAACUUUUCAACUUUUUCUCGUUGCAUUAUGCCUCUUUGCUAAUUUUUUUUCAACUUUUGCUUGUUUGUUUAAUUGUAUUUUUACAAUGUGCCGUGGGCCAACAAAAAGCAAGCUGCAGACCACGUAUUUCCUCCGGGCCGCACUUUGGUCACCCGUGAUGUACAGCGUUAAUUUGAAAUGAGUAAUACGAAACCCUAACAUUUUUUUUAUACAUGUUUUCACAUGAAUCUGCCAUAAGGAAUGUAUUACCUGACAACAACGUGUGAUUUUAUUUAUCAGCUGUUUUUUUGUAUCCACUUUAGGUCCGGUUGGUUAUGAGGAAGGCGAACAUGUUGGUGGUCCAGAUUUUAGUGUUUCAACUCUUGUUGGUCAAUACCCAACAGGCAAACAGGGUGUGAAUAGUCUAAUUUGUGCUUUUUAGAGAUUCUAAUUGUGUAUAUGUGUUGGUGUUUUAUUAUAUGUGUGUUCACAUACACAUCCGCUGACUAGCCUCUGACUCGGGAUAGUCACACCCUCUAAACACCCCACAAAUGUGUUUGGAUCCUCCAUCACACAAGCUGCAGUGUGGACCGGACACACAUUGGAGUGCUCGGCCCUUUACUUUGGGGACUACUUCAGUACUGAUUUUAAAAAAAAAUGGACAGACUGCAUCCACAACAGCAUUUUUAGGUAGACAUUAAUAUUAGAGACCUGCUGUCAAUGUAUUUUGUUUAAAUAUGUAACCUGCAGUUGAAUUAUUUAUAAAUGGUGCACAGCGGAACAGGACAUUUUGUUGUUGUAAAAAUAAUAUAUGUGAUCUGGCAGGACGACAUUAAAAUUUGUAUAUAACAAAAAUAGAUUUAACCACCAGUGAGGACCUAAUUUUUGAAGUUGAAUUCCGAUUUAGUGGACAGCAUUUAAAUGUUUUACACUACAGUACUCGCUUCUUUUUUAAUUGGACUCAAUUAAAUCUGUCAGUAUUUUUUUAUUUUAAUUUAAAAGUUAUUUUAAUUUGAAAGAUAUUUCACAAUUGAAAUGAUUAAAAUUUUAAAUUAUUUUCAUUUUAAAAAUAUAUAUUUUUUUUUACAUUGAAAAAUGAUGCAAAUCUUUCAAAUUGGAAACUUUCUGUGGGAAAAAAAUAUGUAAGAAUGAAUGUGUGAAAAUCAACAAAAUAUGCAGGUAAGAGUCAAAAAAUGUACAAAUGUAUAGAAUAAAAAAAAAUUCCCAUUGAUAAUUUGGGGGGGGGCAGCAUGGUAUGUCCUGUGAUUGUUUGGCAACCUGUGACAACCUGCCUCUCACCUGGUCAGCUGAGAUAGGCUCCAGCUUGUGACCCGAAUGAGGACGACUGGAAGAAAAUUAAAAUUAUAAGAAAUGAUAAGAAAAGUAUUUUUUUCUUGAACGUCCCAUGGGAAGUUUCCAGAAAAUGAACAAAAAAAUUGUCUACCCAUUUGCAACCGUACUAGACCUUGUUUUUAAAAAAAAUGUAUAAUUGGAAUAGUAGAAUAUUUGAAUGCUGUGAUUUAAAUGGUAUUUAAUUAACAUUAGCCAUUGGAUAGCAUAUUUAACUGCAUUCAAAAGUGGACAUACGUGCUUGUGGUGAUCCAUAUAUGCUCAUGUAGCUUACUGACAUGGAACAUUUGGAUGCAUAAUGAAAUCUCUGACAAUUAUUUAUAUUUAUACUAAUAUUUCAAUUUGUUCUUAGGCUCUAGUCUUCAACUUUAGUAGCUUGGCGAGUCAGCAUAUUGUCACCUUUGGGGAUUGAGCCAUAGAGUUUUAUAGUACUGUAUUACCCUUUUUAGAGCCAGUAUCAUUCAUGAAAAUUAAUAUUUGACAAUUCAUACAGAGAUUAGAGCUCUUUUCCCCCAUUUCUCAUUAAACAUGUAUUGCGUAGGUUGCUAUCAUAGACGUAUGCUGGACAUGUGUUAAAUGCGGCUCGGUUGUUUUAUUUGCAUGUGCAUUGCAACAAGCAACGGUGUUUUAUCAUUUUAACCCAUAAGAACCUACUUAACAUGCCCUAAAAUGUGUCGUAUACAGUUUGGUGUUUGAGGUUUAAGUUCUUAAGUGAGGGAGUGGGUGGUGGUGUCAAGACCUGACAGCCUACUGAGGUGCAACUCAGUUAUGUAACUGCCGUGCUUUUAUUUUGAAGGCUUGCCUUUUUACCGCCGACAGGAUGUGUUACGCCCGAGUGUUGCCGAGCGGACCCGAAGCUGUGCUGCUCCAGAAAAACCGGAGAUGAUUUGUUUCUUUCAUGACAGCUAAAACACGGGAAACUAUUAAGCCGGGAGAGCGCCGAAAAAGAAGAGCAAAAUACGGUAUUUCCCCGGCACAAAAAAAUGGAAGUUUAGAGGCAUGUCACGGGACAGUCAUGUGACUAUUCCAGGCUAUGACUUCCCCAAAAUGGCGGUGUGUCAGGUAAGAUAGCUAAUUUUUGAAAGCGUAUUUUUGGCCGUUAAAAGGCAAUUUUAAACCAAUUUAACAAUUCAAAUGCUUGAAUAGGGUGUCCAUUUUUACAAGUCAACCAUUCUUACUAUAUUUCUUAAAUGAAUUGAAUUCAUAUAAGUCAAGCAAGUAAGAUACCACGAAGUAAGCUAGGGAAAACCUGUCAAUAGCCAAAAUGCCGAUAAGUCACAAUACGUUUCAAUUAUUUUGAAUUAAUACAUGUUAUUAUAUUCAAUUCAACAUUAAUUUGUGGUACUAUGUAUAAAAACUACCAUGAAUGCCCUAUGGUAACAUCACACAUCUUACACAUUAAUUUGUAGUAUUUUAGGGGUGGGGGGGGGACAAUCAGGAGUGUGUUCUAUGUGUUCCAGUGUCUGUGGGCUAUCUUGUCAUUUUUUGGGUUCUUGUGGGUUAAUGUUACUGCUUAAGUGUACAAAGUAGUGUUUCCCAACCGUUAUUGAGCCAAGGCACAUAUUUUACAUGACAAAAAUCCAACGGCACACCACCAAACUCACAAAUUCACUUUGUAUGAAUGGAAACAAGCGGGUAAACAGUUUCAUUAGCAUUAAUUUGCAUUAAUUGCUCUUCCUGUCACUGUACAUUGCUGGCAUUAAUAGAUGAACAAAGAUACAAUUGUAGUAAACAAAUAAUUAUUGCCCAACCAAUUAAGUGAAAUUGUGUUUUUCCUGUGCCACAGUGGUUGGGAAUCACUGCACUAAGAUACAGUAUGUAGUAAAAGUCUAUUUUAGGGGGGCUGUCAGUAAUUGUGUAACUUUACCUAAGUUUACUUAAAGGAAAGAAAGGCUGAUAUUGUUGUUGGCUAUCUCAACAUUAAUGAAGCUAAGCUGAACGUUAGAUAAUGACAAAGGAGAACAAGCCAGUCACAUUUUCACCCAAAACUGAAAUAUCAUGUUCUACUUUUACAAAACAGUGUUGUACUUUGUAGUAUUGUGGCUGAACACUCCAGAAAUAGAUGACGUUUAACAGCACAGGAUAGUCUUGUGUAUGGGAUUUGUAUUAUUUAGUCCUCCACUGCACUUGUGCUGAGAUGAGCAGCUGGUUGCCAGAUGUUUGCUUUUUCAAGUGAAAAAGAGCCAUCCGCAAAUACAUCAUGUUUGUGACAUUGUGCUAGAAAAUUAGCUGCCGCAGAUGGCAGAUGACGUCUUCUCCCUCGCCGUCUUUUUUUGCUUAGUUGUGUGUUUGCAAAGCAUGUUAGCAUGCCUAUGUUUCAUUCAUGCACAGAUGAAGAUUUUUCCUCUGGGAACAUCACUGAGAAACUCCUUUUUAAUUACCAAUUGAUGUUUGCUUACCUGGACAUUUCUAAUAUGACCUAUGCUGCACCUGAGCUUGUUUCACUUUGGUUAUUUCUGCCUUGUUAAGUGUUAGCUCCUUUUGCCUUUAAUGUCUUUGCAUAGCUUUAACGUGCUUUCACAACGUGCGUUGGAUUGUAGCGUCAUACACACGUAAAUGUCAUUAGAUUGUAGUCGGACUGAUGCCUUCCUCCAUGACGUGCAACACCCAAACAUGAAUGAAUUUAUGAGUAGAUCUGUUGAAGGUGAAUGUGUGAAGUGCCUUGCUCAAGGGUAACGACAAUGAUAGAACAAGCAUGUGUCACCAGGGAAAUUGCAGUUUUAGGUUGAUAUUAUUUAAUACUCAGGGUGGAAAUAUAACUGGAAACGUUUGUCCUUAGAAUCACCACUAAGUAGAGCCGAUUGAUGCUUAAAUCUAGCAUAGAGCCGGCGUAAAUGCAGCAAUGUUUCACAAACUGGAGUAAAACACAAACAUGUGGUCGUGUAUUAUGUUUCAUUAUGCUUUGUUACCCAAAACUAAUGUUUUUUUUUUCAUGUCAUUAAUGCUGAACUCAGCUUCUCGGAACAAAAUGAUGAAUAAGAGGUGUGCCAUGUAGUUUGCUCAAUGAAAGCUCCUUGAGGAGUUAGUGCCAAACAGUGAGAGAGAGAGAGAGAGAGGGACAAUCUUUACCUCGCUGCGUGCUUCUGUUCUUUAGUGGAUGACUCCAUGUUUGUCUCAACCAACACCUGUUUGUUAGCAUUUCAAUAAACAUCUUCAACUACAA